ACACGAUAAACACGUAAAAGUAAAUUUUCUUUACAGCUUAAACCAUUUUAUUACCCACUAGUUUUAAUAAAACAAACAAAAAGAAGAAGAAAAAUAGUUUGUCGGAGACAAGAUGGCGAGAAUAUCGAUGGCUGUGGCUGUGGUGUUGUCGGUGAUGCUACUCGUCUCGAUAAACUCUGUGAAAACCUUGGCCGAGGAACAACCGACGGUUGGACAGAGAGUAGACUCUGCCGUGACGGGUGUCAACAAUGCAUUCAAUGAACACGGCGGUCCACAGGCCGUUGACUCCGUAUCCUCGACCAUCAAAUCUGUUUACGGAUGGUUCAGUGAUAAAGCCAAGGAAUGGGGAAUCCACUCCUAAAAGGAGGAAUAAGCAAAGUUUUAUCUUAAUUUGCGGUGCGCUUUAUAUACCAAAAAGAGUUGAAGAUCGGACCAUUGAAAAAAAAGAAAGAAAAAAGAAUCGACUUGUGUAACUAGUUUUAUUUAUUUCAUCUUCGAUAUGCAUAUAUGUAACCCUAUGUCUUCAAACAAAAUGCAUGAGCUCGAUUAUUAUAUAUCCCUCUAAUCAAACCGAACGUAUAAAUCAUUUUCUCAAGCAAUAGAUAUGAUCAUGCAUGCAUCAAUGUAAUUUCAUAAAGAUGGAUAUAUUAACAUACGUUUAUG